UAGGUUAGUCGGGAUCAGCUGACCGCGUACGAGUAACGCCCCCCUCCUCCUCCUCCUCCUCCUCCUCUUGCACUCCACCCUCCUCCUUCCUCCUGAGCAUCAUCUACGGCCACACGGAAGCAACACAUGCACAUUUGCUGACUUCUCCCUCUUCUGGGUGACAACACUCGGGAGAGACUACCACUUUUUUGUUUUGUUUUCUUUUGUUUUUUGCUCUUUUUUUGUUGUUGUUAAACAAGCCAAGUGCAUCCAUUUUUUUUUUUUUUUUGGAGUGGAGUGGGAGGAGGAUACAGCAACAGAAGUACAAAAUGUUGCUCGAACACCCGGGCUCAAGUUGUCAGAAUAACGCCAAUUUCUCCCGCUACAGCGCAGGCCAAGACAUCCCAGUGUGUGCAGGCUGCAACCAAUACAUCGUGGACCGCUUCAUCCUUAAAGUGUUGGAGCGCCACUGGCACAGCAAGUGUCUCAAAUGCGCCGACUGCCACACUCCCCUGGCUGACAAGUGCUUCAGCCGGGGGGACAGUGUCUACUGCAAGGAUGACUUCUUCAAGAGAUUUGGCACCAAAUGCGCGGCGUGUCAGCAGGGCAUCCCGCCCACGCAGGUGGUGAGGCGGGCCCAAGACUUUGUGUACCACUUGCACUGCUUCGCCUGCAUCGUGUGUAAGCGGCAGCUGGCCACGGGCGACGAGUAUUACCUGAUGGAGGACAGUCGGUUGGUGUGCAAGGCCGACUAUGAGACCGCCAAACAGAGAGAAGCUGACUCGACCGCAAAAAGGCCCCGAACGACCAUCACGGCCAAACAACUGGAGACCCUGAAGAACGCCUACAAUAAUUCUCCAAAGCCGGCCCGCCACGUCCGCGAGCAGCUCUCCUCUGAGACAGGCCUGGACAUGCGGGUCGUGCAGGUUUGGUUUCAAAACCGGCGAGCCAAGGAAAAGAGGCUAAAAAAGGACGCUGGGCGCCAGAGGUGGGGUCAGUACUUCCGUAACAUGAAGAGGUCACGUGGAAGCUCCAAGUCAGACAAAGACAGCAUCCAGGAGGAGGGCAUGGACAGCGAUGCCGAGGUGUCCUUUACAGAUGAACCCCCCAUGUCUGAGCUGGGCCACAGCAACGGCAUCUACAGCAGCAACUCCCCAGCCAUGGGGGCCCGCCAAGGGGGCAACAACCACGCCUCCUUCCCUUUGGAGCACGCCGCCUUGCCUUCGCAAGAGCAAUUCCACGAUAUGCGCUCCAACAGUCCCUACGGCCUAGCCCAAUCGCCGGGCUCUCACCCGACGCUACCUCGGCAUCAGCCGCUCAUCACCGGGCUUGUCUACCCCGAGUCGGGCCUUUCUAUCAUGACCCAAGGAGGGGGGAUGAACCCCGCUGUGAGGGUCUCCAUCAGCGCCGCCAACGGCCCGAGCUCGGACCUCUCCACCGGAAGCAGCGGCGGAUACCCGGACUUCCCGGCGAGUCCCGCCUCCUGGUUGGACGAAGUGGACCACGGACAGUUCUGAUCAUUUGAUCCUAAGAAACUGGACUUAUAUUUAUGUUUUUUGUCUUCUGUUUGGACUGGACUAAAUAAGACCGUGAUUCUAUGGCAGACUGGUGGAACCAGUUUCUCCUCAUCAGUUCUGAUUGGAUGGAGGACAAACUCCUUCGUAAAAAGCACUUGGCCUAAUAUUGUAAGUAGUGUUCAUUGGCGUCUCAAUAUGAACAUUGAGAAUUUAGGGUCACUUGGCUCCUCCUACUGCUUUUUUUCUCGUUGACAGUGUGGUCAGGUGCAGAAGUCUUUUAGUGUCUGGUUGUUGCCAAAUGUCUAUAUAUACGAAUAUAAAUAUAUACAUAAUGGUUUAUCAUUGUGGAGACUUUAUUUUUAUACGAGGACCAUAAAAGGAAAAUCCAGCGAGGGAGGACUUUGUACAUUCUUCAGACAUACGACGUUCCAAAUGGGGCGGGUCCUGUCACAUCUAUGCAUUUGUGUGUCUCGUUCUGAUCGAAAACAAAAAAAACCCGAAGAGGUGCUUGCUGUAGCAACUCGGAGGCUGUGAUGUAUAUGUUUGUUAAUGUGGAGAAAUGUUUUAUGUCUAAUUUAUUCCUUUAUGGUGAUGACCACGUUCAUUAUGAUGAUGACGAUUCCUGAUGCAGGACUUUAAUAAAUUAAUAAAUUUGUCA